AUGUCCGACCUCCUCAGCUCACGCUGGGCCCCCGGCGCCCAUGCCUCUCCCCCCCAAGCGCCCCCGCCCCCAGCCCACCGCCGCCGCCCCCGCUCCGAAAACCGCAUUCGCACCGGGCUGUCUCCCAUCAGGACGACCACCACCAGCACGACCACCACGCUCCUCCCCCCGGCCGAAGAACUGGCCCGGUUCAUGAAGAUCAUCGCCCGGCUCCGCUGGAAACUGCCCUUCCUCGCCGAAGCCUACCGCCUCGCGAGCACGGCUGACCCCACCGCCGAACUCAUGUUCAAGCUCGACUUCCACGAGUACUACGCGCUGCUCGAACGUGCCCUCGUCCAUCUCCUCGCCGUCUUCAAUGUAACCGUCAGCGGGCGCGAUUCCACCAGGUCGGGCCUUCACCGGUACCAUGCGAAUGUGCUGGCGGCGCUGGCGGAAGAGCGCACGCCGCUAGCGCCGGUUCUAGGCAACGGGCCCGUGCUGGGGUGUCUGCAGCAGGCGAAGGAGCUGCGGAACCGGUGGAAGACGGCGGGGAUGACGGAGCGCGAGAAAGAGAUGGAUGUUAUUGGGGAACGGGGGGAGGCGCGGCCAUUGGCGAGCUACGAUUUCGAUGGCAUUUUGAGUGGCAUUUUUGCCGGGCUGGAGGGGGCGUAUGCGCGCGCGAGGGAACAUGUCGAGCUGUGUCGGAAGCCGGGGGAGGAGGGCGAGGAUAUCCACGCGAUUGGGCGAGAGGAGGCGGAUUGGGAGUUUAUGGUGGAUGCGAUGGAUUGGGAGGCUGUGUGA